CCCAACCUGACAAAUCAACUGAGAAAUUCACAUAAAAAUAACUAACCUCAAAACUUGUUUAGUAUUUAAAUAAUCAAAAUAACACGAUAACACAAAUAUAUUGAGAAAUGAAUCGAAGAAACUAAUUAAAAGCGGUUAAAUAACAUCUAUAAAAAUGACUGAUUCCUUAAAUAAAGUUAUAAACGAUAUCCUUUACGCUGAAAAUGUGCAAGAAGCUUUCGCCUGUUUUGUAAAACACCGCCCGGAGAAUGACGAAAACAAGAAGAAAGGAUGGGUUUUGGAUUUAACAGCGGCUUUUAAACGAAUGAAUCAAGACCAAACGGAAGCGGCGAUAAAACAUUACCUAACAGUGGCUUUAACUUUGAAAGUAUGCUCGGAAAGUCAAUUACAAUUAUUAUUGGAGUUAUUGGAAAGGUUGAUACGAACGAAUGCUUUACCAGCUAGAUUAGUGUGCGAACAAGUAAUUACUUUUGAACAACUUCAAAUGACCAAUUCGGAUUUUUGGAUGCAAUGUUUUAAGUUAAUUUUAAAUACCAUUGAUUUGGUCGAGUACAAAGGAGUGAGAGAAAUAAUGCGAGGCUGUUGUGAAAAAGCUAAAACUAUACCUAACAGUAUAAGUGUUGGGCAAAACCCUUUAAUGAUGAUUUUAACUGAGUUGGUACGUAAAAUUAUGGAUAGAGAUCAAUGUUUAUUACCUGGUUAUCUCUUAGUAAAUGAGCUUCAAAAAUCGUACAGCGAAUUUCCUCAUUGGAGAUUAAGCGGAUUAUUUAUUAAGUAUAUCGAAAGUUUUCGAUUUUGUGCUCAAAUGGUAUCUGUUAUAGGACAUGGAGAGAUGAGACCUGUUGUUGAACAUAGUGGAUGUCCUGAACAUCUUGUAAAUCCUUGGAAAUUAGAUCCAAUUACUUUACGAUACACAAUAAAAGGAACUUUACCUUACGAACCAGAUGUAUUACAAAAACAAAGUGGUUUAUUGCGUUAUGUAAUUGAACAGCCAUACUCGAGGGAUAUGGUUUGUGGAAUGUUGGGUUUACAAAAACAACAUCGCCAACAUUGCGCUGCUUUAGAAGAGCAAAUUAUUGAAUUAGUCAUUUUAGCAAUGGAUAAAAGUGAAAAUGAUGUUAAUGAUAAUAUUUCGCAAGGGUUAUGGUUACAUCUUUCGUCGCAAUUGAUUUAUUUCAUUUUGUUUUAUUUUGCUAAUUUUCAAAAUAUUGUGUUAGCCCUUGUCGAUCGAUUGCAAGGUAAGGAAUAUAAAAGAGGACGCGACCAAUUGAUGUGGGUGUUAUUACAAUUUAUUUCCGGUGCGAUUCAUCGAAAUCCUUUAAGCAAUUUUCUCCCGGUAUUAAAACUGUACGAAUUAUUUUAUCCUGAAGAUGAAACUCCCCCAGCUUUUGAUGUCACCCAACCACAAUGUACAAGACAAAUGGCGAUGACGUGUACAUGGAUUCAUUUAACUAAAAAAGCCCAAGUUGAAGGACACCCAUUGCAAAACGCACCGAUCCCAAAGAAAUUACGCGCUCAAUAUGAAUUUUUACAACAUCUUUUACCACCGGGUAAUGCCCCAUUAACGAUGGGACCCGAUUAUCGGAUUAUUCUUUUGUGUAAUGCGUAUUCUACGAAUCAAGAUGUUUUUAGUAAACCGAUGGCAGCUUUGGUUGAGAGCGUUCAAGGGUCAAAGAGUCCAACACCUCCUUCGGCACCUCUUUCAAUGGCUGUACUUGACUCGUUAACGAUUCAUUCAAAAAUGAGUCUUAUUCACAGCAUUGUGACUCAUGUGAUGAAGUUAGCUCAACAAAAAGCGGGAGUUGCGUUAGCACCCGCGUUGGUUGAAACUUACAGUCGGUUGUUGGUUUAUACAGAAAUUGAAUCUUUGGGAAUUAAAGGAUUUAUUAGUCAAUUAUUACCAACUGUUUAUAAAGCACACGCAUGGGCAACACUUUACACACUUUUAGAAAUGUUUAGUUAUCGCAUACAUCAUAUUCAUCCUCAUUAUAGAGUACAAUUAUUAAGUCACUUACACUCUUUAGCAGCUGGCCCUCAAGCUAAUCACACGCAGUUACAUUUAUGCGUUGAAUCAACCGCUUUGAGGUUGAUAACUGGGUUGGGAUCUGGGGAAGUUCAACCAAAACUUUCUAGUUUUUUAUCUGAACCAAAAACUUUAGUUUCCGCUGAAUCGGAGGAAUUAAAUCGAGUUUUGGUUUUAACUUUAGCAAGAGCUACGCAUGUUACUGGUGCUGAUGGGUCUUGGUGUACCGAAUUGUUAGCUUCGAUUGCUCAAAGUACACCUCACGCAUGGGCCGCUCAUACAUUGGAGUGUUUUCCGGAAGCGAUGGCGAAAUUUUUCCAACAACAUCCAGUUCCAAAAGAAAAUAAACCCCAAUUAAAAAAAGCAAUCGACGAAGAAUACCGAAAAUGGGCUUCGAUGAAUAACGAAAACGAUAUUUUAGCUCACUUUGGUGUUCCAAGUUCGCCACCAUUAUUUCUUUGUCUCUUAUGGAAAAUGCUGUUAGAAACUGAACAUAUCAGUCCAAUUGCUUAUAAGAUUUUGGAGCGAAUUGGAGCGCGAGCUUUGUCGGCUCAUCUCAGAAAAUUUUGUGAUUGUCUCGUUUUUGAGUUUACCAACUCAGCUGGGGGACAACACGUCAAUAAAUGCGUCGAUACGAUUAACGAAAUGAUUUGGAAAUAUAAUAUUGUAACGAUAGAUAGACUGGUGUUGUGUUUAGCUUUGAGGACGCAAGAAGGAAGUGAAGCUCAAGUGUGUUCGUUUUUAAUACAAUUGGUUCUAUUGAAAGCAUACGAAUUCCGUAAUAGAGUACAAGAUUUUGUUAAAGAUAAUACUCCGGAUCAUUGGAACCAAAUGAAUUGGCACGAAAAACAUUUAGAAUUUCAUAGAAAAUAUCCAGAAAAGUUUGCACCAGACGAAACCAGCGGCGAACAUACAUUACCUAAAUAUAACCCGUAUUUUGGGAACGUUUGUUUAAGAUUUUUACCGGUUUUUGAUAUUAUAACUCACCGCUUCUUAGAGAUCCCUCAAGUAACGAAGAGUUUGGAAAUACUUCUUGAACAUUUAGGUUGUUUAUAUAAAUUUCACGAUCGACCGGUGACUCAUUUAUACAACACCUUGCAUUAUUACGAAAGAAAACUUUGGGAUCGACCACCUUUGAAGAAAAAACUUGUUGCCGCCGUUUUAGGUGCUUACAAAGAAAUUUUAUCGGAACAAUAUCAAUUAUAUUUAAACACCCCAGCUGAUGAAAUAUGGGAACCUAACCUUGAUUAUUUCGUAAAACUCGUUAAAAGAGUUGUCGAUACUUUAUCUGGAGUAUAUCUCGGUCCAAUAGCCGGAAUCGAUUGGAGAUUUAAUGAAUUUGCAAACGCCGGGGCUCAUAUUUUAUACACAACUUGUGCGGAAUUAUUAGCUUUACCCUCAGGAGCGGUUGCAGUCGCUAAUAACCUGUUAGAUGUUAUAACAAAAGGAUUCACCGUUAUUCCACAAGAUCAAAUUCAUAAAUAUAUAAACGCAAUCGGAUUAAUUUUAACAGCUUUACCAACAAGUUAUUGGUCUAUACUUUUAGAUCGUUUAUACUCAAUUCUUAUGGAUUUACAAACGUGGAAAUGGACCAAUUCUCCGUAUACUUUAUUCAAUUUCACAUUAACACAUUCUGGUUAUUUACAAAAUCGUUAUAGUCAUCAUUUGGCUUUGGCUCAUUCAAUUUGGCAUCAUGCAGCUCCCGGACAAAUGGCAACGGUACCUACAUGGAUAAAAGACAAACUACCGCCGAUAAUUCAAUCCGAAUAUCAAUUAUUGUACAUAUGUCAUCUAAUUGGUCCAUUUUUGGCAAGAAUCGUAACAGAAAUUGUGGUACCUUUAUACGAAUUGGUGGCGCAAGUUGAUCAAGCACAAGAAGAAUGGAAAUACCUCGACCCCAUCUGCGAUUUUUUGUAUCAUAUUAAAUAUAUGUUUGUUGGAGAUAGUUUGAAAAAAGAACUUGAAGUUAUCGUACGAAAAUUGAGACCCAAGUUGCAAAAAAGACUUAGAUUUAUCGUUAAUCUUGAUGAAAUUGUUACCACACCUGUUCCACCUCCACCACCACCCAUGGUAACUGUUACUGCUAGUACAGUAACUUCACAAUAAAUGGAGAUGAAAGAUAACAAAACUAAAAUUUCUUUAAAUUAUGUUAUUCUUUUGUAAUCUUUUUAAAUAAUAUAAGGAAAAAUA